AUGCCCAUCGGACACGUUCUCCUCCACGUCGCAAAGGCCGACUUUGCUCCCACCGUUGAGUUCUACACCAACGUCCUCAAGUCUCUGGGACUCCAGAAGCUCCCCGGCUUCCCUGAGGGAUUGGUUGGAUUUGGAACUACUGGACCCGAGUUUGUCCUUCUCUCUGGAGAAAAGACCUCCAACGCCCACGUCGCUUUCGCCGCUGCUGAUACCAAUGCCGUCGACGCUUUCCACACCGCCGCUCUCGCCAGCGGUGCCAAGGACAAUGGAGCUCCCGGAAUCCGGGCUGGAAUUCACCCCAAGUACUACGCUUCUUUCAUCCACGACCCUAUUGGCAACAACAUUGAGGCCGGCACCCUGACUGCUUGA